AUGGCGCCAUCUAUAGGCGUGGCGGAGUACUACGCCAACAAAACUAUAUUUAUAACAGGCGCCACUGGGUUUAUGGGAAAGGUUCUUAUAGAGAAGAUGCUAAGAUGCUGCCCAGAUGUGAAGAAAAUAUACUUGCUGAUGCGGCCAAAGCGCGGACAAGGCACGAAAGAACGACUGCAUGAUUUCAUGAAUUGUAAGGUAUUCGAGAGUUUACAAGCAACAUCUCCAGAUUGUUUCUCGAAGCUCCACCUGAUACCGGGUGAUAUCUUGCAAGAGGAUAUUGGCAUCUCUGAAGAACAUCGUCAGACAAUACAAGAGGAAGUGCAAUGCGUUUUUCAUUGUGCUGCGUGUGUCAGAUUUGAUAUGUUCAUUCGGGAUGCUGUUAAUAUGAACACACUGGGCACCAUGAAAGUGUUGCAACUGGUGGAGGGUAUUAAGAAUCUGGAGGUGUUCGAGCAUGUUUCUACGUCAUACUGCCGAUGUGAAGUCCACACUCUGGAGGAGCGCGUGUACCCAGCAAAACAUGCGCCAAAGGAUGUGGUGAAUACUGUGAAAUGGAUGGAUGAUGACUUACUUACAUACCUACAGCCUAAACUGAUCGAGCCGCAGCCAAACACAUAUGCGUACACCAAGAACCUCACAGAGGACCUCGUCACUCAAUACGAGGGCAAAUUUCCAAUCGUCAUCGCAAGACCUUCGAUUGUAAUGGCUGCCUUAAAGGAACCUAUACCAGGAUGGGUGGACAACAUGAAUGGACCAACGGGGUUGCUUGUUGGAGCUGGCAAAGGUGUGAUCCGUACAAUGCAUUGUAACGAUAGCUACCAAGCUGACGUGAUGCCUGUGGACAUGGCUGUCAAUGCUUGUCUCGUGCUUGCCUACCUCACCGCAUUAGAUAGACCAAAGGAGGUGCGAGUCUGUAAUGUAACACAGUCUGGAGUUAAUCCCAUCACUUGGGGACAAGCCCUGGAUUUGGGUCGUAUUCACGUCCACGAAUUUCCAUUCUCUCUAUGCUUAUGGUACCCUGGAGGAUCAGCGAAAAGUUCCCGCGCGCAUCACACGGCUGCACUUCUGCUCACGCAUAUGUUGCCCGCUUAUCUCGUGGACCUGCUCAUGUUCCUUAUGGGACAGAAAACUUUCAUGGUAAAGAUCCAGAAACGCGUGAACUACGGUCUUGAAGUACUUCAGUAUUACACUACCAAGGAGUGGUUCUUCGACAAUGAAUUAUACCGUUCCCUACCUGACCUCAUCUCGGAGAACGAUAGAAAAAUCUUCUAUACUGAUCUAAGGAUAGUUGAAUGGAGCUCCUACAUCCGUAACUACAUUAAAGGUGCGCGUGAGUUUUGCUGUAAAGAGGAUCCCAGCACGCUACCAGCCGCGCGACGACGACACACACAAUUGUUUUACUUGGACCUACUGGUGCAGACUAUUGUCUACGGGUUACUCGCUUACUUCUUCUACUAUUACGUCAUACGGAUUUUCUGCUAG